AUGGGUCCCUUCUCCGCCGCCUGCGAGAACUUCGGUCAUGUCAUCUACACGGAGAAUACAGUGGUCAUGCACCAACCGUCACCCAACACAGUCCACAAUGCGUCGAAAAUCAGCGUGACGGAACCCAACUGCAAGCGGUCGACAACUUCACGUAUCGGGACAGCAACCUCUCCUACAACACUAAAAUAGACGUCGAAGUGGCCCGCCGGAUCCUUAAAGCCAGCCACUCCUUCGGCCGUCUAGAAUCGUCACGGUCUCCGCAUUAACACUAAACUAAAGGUAUAAAAGGCGGUGGUCUUGCCGAUAUUGCUGUGUUGAGCGGGGACCUGGACUGUGUACAAGAGGCAGGUGCGAAGAAUAAAUUAUUUCCGCCUCAGCUGUCUUCGUCGCAUACUAAGGUUGAGAGGCAGGACCGGAUCCCAGACAAGGAUGUUCUGGAGAGCAUAGGAAUCAUCAGCAUCUACGCCAUGUUUAGACAGCUGCAACUGCGUUGGGGAGGCCAUCUCGUGCCGAUGGACGACAAGCGGCGACCCAAAGGACUCUUCUAUGGAGAUGUUGCCACGGGUUCCCACCGCCAAGGAAGCCAAGUACGUCGAUACAAGGAUUCCCCGAAGACCUCCCUCAAGCGUUUGCAGAUCAACCCAGCCAAUUGGGAAGACGUCGCUUGGGACAGACCAACUUGGAGGAAGGCAGUGAAGAUAGACGUUGCGAUCUACGAAGCCAACCGCAUCUCCGCCGCGAGCGCCAACAGGAAGCACGCACAUCUCAGCUUCGUCCACCUUACAGUGCCAAAGAACAACCGCCUCCAAAGUGUCCACGGACAUUCCGGUAGCCAGUUGGAAUUGUUGGACACAUUCGGAUCAAUUGGACCAUUCGGACUGUACCAACCGUCAUCUCUUCAUCCACCACCUCCCACGCCGUCAACUUACUCUGACCGCCCUCCUGAACCACCGCUUUCAUCCUUCUUGUCCUCGUCAUUGUCCCCCAAUGCCUCAACGUCUGCCGUUGUGGCGGCUGCCAUGCACAUCAACACCACAUGCAAUCCUGACACACCAACAAACACUAACGCCACAAUCGUCGGCACCAAAGGUGAGGACCAGGACUACACCUGUCCUCAAUGCGACCACACCUUCACCACACACAUCGGCCUGGUCGGUCACUUGCAAAUCAUUCUAACAGAGACUGGCGAACCAGUGCCUGAAGCACCAACCUACACCCCCACACCCGCCUCCACUGUCCACACCGCUCUCGCACAUUCACGCAUCGCAUGGGCCUAUUCGGCCACACGCGUAUCAACGAGAGCGGAAUUGACCGCAGACCCGACACACCCAGCACAUUUAUAA